AUGGCUUUCCAGAUGGCGCCCGCGACGCCGCAACGCCCCACCCCCGGCGCCUUCGUCAACACGCCCGCGCCCAACCGGCCAGGCUUCACACGAACUGGCUCCAUGUCGCAACCACAGCCGCAGCAACAGCAAGCGCUGCCUGCACCGCCCGCCGAGAGCCCCAUCGAUCGCGCAUCGCGGACCAUAAACAGCAUGCUGGAUCGGGAUAACAGGUUUCCCGCGCUAGAGGCGUACAUUGGACAGGGCAUCUCUGGCGAGUAUGAGAUCCCCAACAGCCCAGCCUGGGCGCCUUUCCAGAAGCUGCGGUCCUACAAACUCCCAGAAGCCGUCUUUGAGCAGGUGGACCACACGCAGAUGUCGACGAGCAUGGGCCUGUUCGCCGAAAUCAACCACGCCUGGGUCGUCGUCGACAACCAGGUCUACCUCUGGGACUACACACAUCCGAACCCCGAACUCGUCGGUUUCGAAGAGCAACCCAGCAACAUCACAUGCGUCAAGCUCGUCAAGCCGCGUCCCGGUGUCUUUGUUGGCACCAUCGAAUACCUCCUUGUAGUCGCGACCGUAUCCGACAUCUUCCUGAUAGCGGUCGAGUGCCAGCGAGGACCCGAGGGCGUUCAUGGCAUCACAAUGUAUCGGACGGGACUGUCGACCUCGGUCAGGAAGAUUAACGUGACUGCGAUUGCCGGCUCGUCAACAACGGGGCGCAUCUUCUUCGGCGACGGCCAGACCGAGGACGUAUACGAGCUGAACUACCAGCAGGAGGACAAGUGGUUUUCCAGCAAGUGCAGCAAGACGAACCACGUAACGACCUCCAUCGGCCUACCCACGCUACCAUUCUACGGACCUACGCGACAGGCUGGCAUUCAGCAGAUGGUGAUUGAUGACACCCGGAACGUCCUAUACACGCUUUCCACCAACGGUACCAUCAAGGUCUACUACAUGCGCGCGCCCAACGUCUUGGAGAGCUCCCUCACCCGAACGCGAACACAAAUCGAGACAAUGUGUGGACACAUUGUGCGGCCCACUGGUGUCCUGGACAAGAUGCAGAUUAUCGGCCUCACCCCCAUCUCUAGCACAGAAGCGGACAACUUGUCUCUAAUGGCCAUCACAUCCUCUGGCUGCAGGCUGUAUUUGAGCACAACGUCUGGAGGACAGUGGAACUCGAACAGUACAAGCGCUCCUAACAGCAUGCAGCUACGACACAUCCGCUUCCCGCCCAACGACGGUCAGCCUUCGCAGCAGAGCAAUUCAACUCAGGUACAGCCAUACCAGGGUGGUACAGCGGUUGGAUUCGAGUCGAGAUACCUCAGAGAGACAACUGUCGCAACCCGUUACGCGCCCGGCGCCUUCUUCUCUUUCGUCCUCCUAGCGCCAAACGAUCAGAACCACCACAUGUUCGUCUCGGCACCACACUCCGGAUUGCUGGGCCAGCGCGAAAGCUCAGAACCCCCGCGAUACACUGAAACCGGUGUGUUCACAGAACUCAUGGGCAGAGUGCAGGAUAUCGGCUUGGUGUCAGAGCCCUUUUCAGCGAGGAAUGAACCGCUUGGAUUUGGCAACGAGCUUUCGACCCAGUUCGACAAACCCCUUAGUGAAUACGCCAUCAUCACAUCCGCCGGUAUCGAAACAGUUCGACGAAGGAGGCUUGUCGAUAUCUUCGCCUCGAUUGUGAAGAAUGGAGGUCACGAGGGUGCUGAAGGCGACAUCCGCAAGCUGGCGAAGCAGUACGGCCUGGCUGAGACUUCUGCUACCGCUCUGGCGGUUGCGUGCGGUCAAGGCUCUGACGUGGGACCCGAUUCGCGGAUCGCGAAGGUCACUGAUCCCGAGGUCAUUGACUUCGCUCGUAGGGUGUUCAUCGAAUUUGGCGGCAAAGCACAUUUGACAGAGAGCGCAACCGUCGAAGGCUUGAGUGUGGAGAAUGUCCGCGCUUCACCAAGACACGAUGGUAUCGCCAUGUACGUGUCACGCAUCAUCCGUUCAAUCUGGAACACGCCAAUCAUCACUGAGGCUGUCACUCCCACCGGGCCAGUUCUCACAUCGACACAUCCGAUCACCAAGUUGCAGGAAGUGCAACGCUCGUUGGCUCAACUUCAGGAGUUCCUUGAAUCAAACAGAUCCUUCAUUGAAGGUCUGGCCGGUCCAGAAGCGCUUGGACGCGCAUCGUCGCGACAAGAAGAGGUUGAGCUUCAGGGCGAGAACAGAGCGCUUACUAGCUUGUUGCAGAUGAUCAACAACAUCGUUGAAGGCAUAUCUUUCGUUCUGGUACUAUUUGAGGAGCGCGUAGAAGACAUUUUGGUUCUUCUGCCGGAUCCUCAGUUACAGGGGAGAGUGCGUCAGCUCACCUUCCAAGGCCUUUUCUCUGUCAAAGAGGGCAAAGAGCUUGCAAGGGAGUUGGUCAAGGCCAUAGUGAACCGUAACAUCGCCAAGGGUUCUAACGUCGAAUCUGUUGCUGAAGCCCUGCGGAGAAAGUGUGGCAGCUUCUGUAGCUCAGACGACGUCGUCAUCUUCAAGGCACAGGAGAGUCUGAAGAAGGCCGCCGAUUCUGGUGCGAAUGCCGAACGCGGGCGCAUCCUGCUCAAUGACAGUCUGAGAUUGUUUGAGCAAGUGGCGAAGAGUCUGAGUUACGAAAACCUGGCUGCUACAGUCAAUCAGUACAUUCAGCUCGAGUUCUAUGCGGGUGCUAUUAGACUUGCUUUGAAGGUUGCGCAAGAGUGGGACCGGGGUAACAAAGCUCUGUCUUGGGUACGAGACAAGAGCGAACAGAACGUCGAUCCGAAUGACGCGCGUCGAGAAUACUUUGACAAGCGUGCCUCUUGCUACACAUUGAUCUGCCAGGUCAUCGAAGCUGUAGACCACGCCUACAAUACCCAGGGCCCUGUGCCCGACGGUGUCAUCUCCCCGGUCACGCGUCGCAAGCAUGAAGCGUAUGAACAAAUCAACAACUCAGACGACGAGGUCUUCCAAAAUUACCUGUACGACUGGUACAUGCAAAACGGCUGGGCUGAGCGGUUGCUUGAAAUCAACUCUCCUUUCGUUGUCGACUACCUGCGCCAAAGCUCGGAGACGAACCUCGCGCAUGCGGACCUGUUGUGGCGCUACUACGCCCACUACAACGACUACCUCAGCGCUGCUGAGACACAAUACCAACUUGCUAAGAGCACCCUGCCCUUGACACUGGAAAAGAGGAUUGAGUACUUGUCGCGCGCAAAGGCGAAUGCUUCGACGCGGAUGAACGGUUUCGCAGAGAAUGGAGUCCGCAACAGGCAGUCAAGACAGGAACUUCUGCGAAACAUCACCGACCACCUAGACAUUGCCAACAUUCAAGACGAUGUGCUACAGAGGAUCAAGGGUGACGAGCGUCUUUCCGGUAAGCGAAGAGAGGAUGUCAUCGCCCACCUCAACGGCCAGAUCCACCCGCUUGACGAACUUUACCACGACUACGCCGACCAAGCGGCAUACUACGAUAUCUGCUUACUGAUAUACCACGCCGCCGACUACCGCAGUGUACCAGACAUUCGGUCGACAUGGACUAACCUCAUCGACCAAACACAUCGGAAUGCGCUCGCCGACCGACAGGGCGCGCCUUGGGAAAUUGUCGCGUUGAAGGUCGAGGACCUUGGUCACCGAACCAACCUCAACGACAACGUCUUUCCCGUCAAUAUCGUCCUACAACUCCUCCUCCAGUACGACCUCGAGUUCUACGUACACGAUGCCAAUGCGCCGAAUGCGCAGAACCUCGCACUCAACAGCAACCUCACAUGGCCGAUUGACGUCUUCCUCAAACUUAACGCGCCGUUUGAAAGCCUGGUUGCCACACUGGAAGCGCUGUGGUAUGCGCAAGAACAGCCUUUCGCUGGCCGAAACCGCAAGCUACUUGUUAAGUGGAUCAUCUACCUUGUGGAGCAAUGGGGUGCAGUAAGCAGACGAACAGGCGCACUAUUCGGCGGUCCCGAGAACGCUAUCGGUCUAGCGGAAGUGAUGCGCAUCAUCCUAAGCAGCGACGUUUUGGGGCGCGACAUGGACGACCAGGCAUGGAUCCAACGUGCUCGGGAUCUAAGUGCUGUUCUUGAGGAAGCUGCGCGCUGA